AUUAUUACUAUUGAAAAUGGAAAUAAUAACAUAAUGUCAAGCCGUCCCGUGUCCGUUGUAUGUUAUAUAAUUUUACUAAAUAAUAAAAUGUAAACAUCGUGUCGCGUCACUGUACUGCAGGUCUCACACUCUAACCGCCGCUGCCUACUGAUUCACGGAAUUCCUUUCAAUCAUUGCGAUGGCCGUAAACCUGGACAUACAGCUGAAGCGAUCGAACAAGGUGUAUCGCGAAGGCGACACGAUCGCCGGGGUGGUAAUCAUCGACACGCCGACGGACGUCAAACACGAAGGCGUGUUCAUGACCAUCGAAGGCACAGUCGACCUGCAGAUCAGCACGCAGAACGUAGGCGCUUUCGAUGCUUUCUACAAUUCUGUCAAGCCAGUGCAGUUGAUGAUGUGCUCAUUGGAAAUUGCCCGCGCCGGUCGGUUUCCCGGAGGUAUCACCGAAAUACCAUUCGAAGCGCCCGUCACGCCGCUCUUGAACAAAGUGCUGUACGAGUCCUAUCAUGGUGUGUUUAUAAAUGUCCAGUAUCUGCUGAAGGCCGUCAUCAAGAGGAAUUUUCUGAACAAGGACAUUCACAAAACACUAGAAUUUGUUGUCGAAAACAAUCCAUGUUUAAAUAUGCUGUCGUCUAAAGUGGACAAAUUUGUAAUAAAUCAAAAUACUUUGGCAAAUGUAAAUGAUACUUCCAACAUACCAAAGUUUCACAUUGUUGGUUCAAUCGAUUCAGUUAUCUGUUCAAUUAUGCAGCCAUUUACAGGAGAAAUGAAAAUUGAACAUUCUGAUAUCCCCAUUAAAUCAAUAGAUGUACAAUUGGUGCGUGUUGAGACCUGUGGCUGUGCUGAAGGUUUCUCAAAAGAUGCCACUGAAAUUCAAAACAUUCAAGUUGCUGAAGGAAAUGUAUCAACGGGUAUCUCAAUUCCAAUUUUCAUGAUUUUUCCAAGGUUAUUUUCUUGUUCCACCACAAAAACAACAAAUUUUAAAAUAGAGUUUGAAGUCAAUGUUUCUGUUAUUUUUGUAGACGAUCACUUAGUGACUGAAAAUUUUCCAAUCACUCUCUAUAGAUGAAAUAUAAAUUGUUACUUGUUAAUACGGUUUUAUAAAUAAAAUUUUAAAUACAUGUUUUAAAAUACAUUUUUUAUAUAAAAACAAUACAUGUUUUAAAAUACAUUUUUUAUAUAAUAACAAACAAUAGCUUAUAGAAUAUAGAUUGUAUAAGCCGUCCAGUUGAGUAACAUCACAGAUAAUGGGUUCACAAAAUCACUUUAGCCAUAGGUACACUACUAAACAAAAGUAAUAAAUUUGUAAUCUUCAAGUUGGUAAAUAUCAUCAAAUAUGAAAUUGAAAUUAUUUUCAAGUUUUAAGUUAAGUUUAAAUUUUGAUGGUAAUAACUUUCUCUUCCAUCAGUUCAAAGUGAAACUUUAUUAGCUAUAAAUGUGAUUCAUAUAACAGAAUAAAUAAACAUCAUUUGAAUUUGCUUUUUUGGCUAAUUUUAGAUUUUAUGAGCUUCGUUAUAUUUAUUUCCUUUUUAGAGCUAUAACUAAUUUUAGUCUGUUAAUUAUUUAAAUGUAAUUUUCUUAAAUAUAUUAUAUUAAUUGAUCGCUAACAAACAUUUCUGUUUGGGAACUUAACAUAACUAUAAUUGUUUAAUGCAUCUUAAGAGGUUGAGGGAAAUUAUUCUAUUUAUUUUUAUAAAUUAUUCAAAACAAUUAAUUAGAUGUAUAGAUUAUCCAUUGAAAGAAAAAUUACACCAACAUUAAAUAGUAUA